AUUGAGAAGAAUUAGUUCCCUUUUUGGCAGUGUUGAUGUAAAUCACGAGAUUCCAAGCUGCCGUGGGCUACAAAAACAAAGGCCCCGUUCUGGUGGACUAGUGCAUGUACCGUUGUAGGGUCGGAACUUCCCCUGUUUCAAAUCAAACUGAGUGUCCGAUCCUCGACCGUUGUACGCUGGUUUUGGCGAACAGAGGCAGAGGCCGCGAGCGUUUCUCUCGCAGGUUUUUGAGAGUUUUUGACUGGGUCCGCGGUCUUUCCGGGUACGGGGCUGCGUGUGUGUGGUGAAUCGACGGCGUGUGUUUGGCUUUUGGCUCUGUGAGAGAGUUUUCUCGUGCGUGUGCAGUUUGUGCACAUCCCAGACAUCUUGCGAAACGCAGCGACUCGUGGGAAAACGCAAACAACAGUCAGAACACCCGAGGCCACUCCCAUCUAGGUUCCGGCACGCGAGCGAUUUUCGCGAUCUGGACUGCGAGUUUUUCGCGAGUAGACGCGCACGAGUUCGCGAGGGAAAUGGUCUGUUGUGACCAGUUGUCUUUUGAGCCGCAAAGAAGGAAACACACUCUCAAGCUGGUCGAUUCUCGCAGUCUGCGUUUUGGACGGUCCUGAAAAAAAAGUCCAAACGGAUACUGAACCCAGUUGCCCUUCAAGUGUAUCGACACCUCACACACGCGCUUUACGUGACCUUUUCGCGCGUGCGUCCACGCGUGUGCCGGCAGAACCUUCUCGGGGCUUACCUUUUUCCCGGUCGUUUUAUCCACUUGUUUCUCCUCUUUCCUAGAUAUUUCGCCUCAUUUCCUUUUCCGUGUUCGCUCGAAAAUGCCGCCGGUCCUGCCUCGAGGGGGGCUCCUGCCCGCUUCUGCAGCCGCCGCAGUGUUGCGCGCGGCACAGCUGGACUGCGCCGCGGCUCUGACUCUGCCAGUCGCGAGUUCUGUCGAGCGAUUUUCGAGGUUUUCCGAGGGACUAGGCGAGGUCCAUGCACUCUCCAGGCUGCGUGCAUCUUUGCUUUUCUACGGCGGCGCGCCGCCGUCGUCUGCAGGUGUUCGUUCCGCAGCCCGCCGCGAAGAGCAAGUUCAGCGCCUGCGGCACUUGCUGGUUCAACGCCGGCAGCUGAGCUCGUCCCAGCCGCUGACCGCGCCGUCGACUCCAACGAAAGCCUCGCGGUCGCCGUCCUCCACCGGCGCCUCAAGUUCUGAGGGCAAAGCGAGCAACCCGUCAGACGGCACAGCAGCGGGUGGUGUCGACGGCAGCUUCGUCGGAAAGGCCGAGGGGUCCCCCGCACAAGUGAAUUCGCCCGAGACCAGCGAACUGAAGCACUCGAAGACCGGCGCGGCUGGGAAUCCUGCGUUGCCCUUCGAGGCGCAGACACCCGAAGAAGACGCCGCCCACGACAACGCCUCCAUUCUGUAUCCGAUGCCCGCCCGCGGCGCCAGUUCAGACCUGCGUUCCGGGACGAUGAGUUCAGAUGAGGCUACAAAGGCAGAGGCGAAGCGCGCGAGCCAAGACCCCGGACCCAAGAAAAGUUCCACCGUCUUCAACACAAUAGCCAGCGUCGGACUGUUCGCGACGGGCGCCGGACUGAUUCUCUGGGGACUCGGAGGUGGCACCUGGCUCAUCACACAAAAUAGUCAGCCCGCCACUGUCACCUGGGACUUCGUCAAGGAAGACCCUCGAGUCAUUGAGGUCAUGGGCACAGGCUUCCAGCGUGACUGUUGGUGGGGCGGCUACGAACACGACGACAGCGCGCGUGUGAAGCUGAGGCUGACAGGCAAAGACGGACAGAAGGGCAUCGUGGUGUGUGACCUAUCUCGCGAGUCGAAGAAGGACCCGUGGAAAAUCAUGGUUCUCAACUUUAUGCGGAUCGACGACAAACAGAGCGGUCCCCAGCCGGGGAAGACAGAUAAAGAACACAUGGAGGAAGUCAUGACCUCCGCGAUCGCUCUUUACCCUCCCCAGCCUGACCGCAAGAAGCAAGCAGAGCAGUUUGCUUCCGGGACAGCGGUUGAUUACGCAGCGCUGAUGAAAGCGAAGAGCGACCGGCCGUGGGAGGAGGUCGAGGCUCAAAGCAGCGACAGCCAGGCUUCUGACUUUUUGGGGAGGCACGGCCAUCAUCGUCUGCCGCCCAGGCCGCUGGGCGGUGCGGCGGAGGGUCAGCCAAAGCUGGGAGAGACGGCACAGGCCGCGGCGAAUGACGCAACGAAAGCACAAGAGCCGAAGGAGCGUGAAGAAAAGGAUCAGAGGGGAAUGGAGAAGGCAGAAGCGGUGAAGGGGUCGCCGCACAAAGAGCAUGGGAAGAAGAAUGACGAGACGAAAGAAUCGUACAGUCGCAGGUCGUCUGUUGUCGGUGAAGAGACCUCUGUCGGCAUUAUGGGCCGAGGAAGAGAGAAUCCGAAGAUUCCGCUUAUGGCUAGUCGAGACUUCGAGAAGACCUACGCGGCGAGAGACCCCUCCGAAAAAGCACACAUUUUCAUCAAGGGUGAGUACGAGUACAACACGAAACGCGACCGACCCUAGGAGAUGUUGAGGGAUUUCGGAACGAGAACGAAAUAGAAGACACAAAAGGAGAGAGAGCAGUUGAGAAGGGAAGCCAGAGUUCGGUGAGUUCGGAGAGACAUAACGAUUAAAAACACAGAGACACAAAAGAGAGAACACGCAGUUUGGUCCACGUGCAGCGACCGUAGGACCGCGAGGCAUGCCGAACGCGGUGGUCGUGAUGUAUGUUGCACAGUCGGGCGUUUACUUUUUUUUGAGUGUUUAUGUGUCUGUCGUGAAUGUAGUGAAAAAAAGCUUGUCAAGGCAUGGCGUGGGUGUGCCGAGUGUAAAUACGUGAAGAGGGCGACAACCGUUUCGUUUCCCGUUUUUUUUCAUAGUUGGUGAUUUCCAUGUAGUGCGUGUGGACUUUCGGGCAAUCGUUUUGCUUUUUUUCAUCAGUAGUCUUGGUUUUCUGUGUAGAGGCGAGAGAGAACGUGAAUGGCGCUCCCGCCUAGAAAUGGUAGUCAGUCCACUUUUUCUAGAGCAACGGUAGAGCAAAGCCUCAAACGAUCGAAGUGAAAAUCCAGAUUUC